CGUUGUGAAAACGUUUUGGCAACGUCGGAAUGUAAAAGAGAAUUUUAUCUUUGUGUUUUUCCACGUGUUUGAAUGGUGUAUUGUCCAACUAGCAUAGGUAUUGUCUGUUAUAAUACAAGUUUAGCUUUUGUGCUAAGGUAUUUAUGUUUUAUGUAUUUUUCUUUUUACUUUGCAUUUCCCUAUCUACUUCUUGUGUUUUUAGUACGAAAGUUAUGUAGUGUAUAUAGUGUGUUCGGUAAAUUGCGCUGUAUUACUUUUGUUAGGUUAGAAAUUUACUGUCGGAACAGUUUGUUUUGUAAUGCGAUUAAUAAUUUCUUAAGAUUUUAUUCUGUAAAGAGUUUGUUACUUCACGAAUAAUACGAAAUAUAUUCACGGUUUCGUUAAUACAAACCAUUUAUAGCAGGGUUAUCAUAAACAAGCUGUUGGCGUGGAAAGCAAAACUGCUACAACUUCGUUUUAAAAGUAAAAUAUGAUGACAUUAUCCUUUGUAUUGGACCUUUGUUUUAAUUAUGUUUUGUCUUCGAGUACUAUUCUCCAAAAUUAUUAUUUUUUCUUUGAGUCUACAUAAAAUUUGUUUAUGUAAUAUAUUCAAACUUUUAAAUAUGGCUUAUUGAAAAUUACAAUAUUUCUAUUGUAACUUGAAGUCGAAGCUAACUUCACUUUCGUUGUAGGUAAAUAUGCAGCACGGGGGCUUCUCCGAAAAAAAAAAAUUAAAAACAUGAUUUUACCGUUUUUCGCAACUACGGACGUUCCUUUAUUUAUUAUGCAAAUGGUGUAAACAUGCCUUCAAUAGUUUUCGAAAAAUCGGCGUUUAUAGUUACCGUUGUAUACCUUAUGUGCUAAUGCAGGCAGCGCCAUUAUUUUUUAACACGUUCGCGACUGUGCCCGUUUCUUCGAAAUAUUUUCAGUCAAAUAUUCAAAUUAAUAAUAAUAAUUUGUACUCUUGCAAUUGGGCUUCCACCCGGUGGCAAGGAUAAUUUCUUCUCAACUUUCACUUCUCAACUCCCUGAGCCUCCUCCUGAAGUCCCUCCCUCCCUUCCCCUUUAUUGCUCUCUCCUCAAGCUCAUUCCAAUCCCGUGCUGUUCUCACCAAAAAUGCCUGUUUUCCCCUUUCUGUGCGUCUCCACUCCCUAUGUACAGUGCGUGACUGAUGGGAAGAUCCCUAGACACGGGUGUGGUGGAGAUGGGGGGAACUGUAAUUUUACCCGCAAAGAAGGCGGGUGGGCGUCAGUUAUCGCUUGUCGCCUGAGCAGUGUAUAGCUCUGCGCGCAAACAUCGUAUCUUGUUUAAAGUGGAGGUGCAACGCGUGGUUCGCUCGUAUUUUUACUAAAUGUACCUAUAUAUUUGUAAACGCAAGAAAUUAUAGGUUAUUUUAUUCGCAAUUAUUAUACUUCUACUAUUUACGUAACAAUAGCCCAGGUCGCUCUGCAGGGUUACUCCCAGGUACUUGUACUCCUCUGCUACCUUCAACUCCUGCCCCUUCCAUGAAUACUCUCUCUUCUCCACUAUCCUCCUCCUCGUGAAUCUGAUCAACUUUGAUUUUUUUACGUUAAUCUCCAUGCCAUUUUCCCUUGACCAAAUUGGUCGAUUAGGUUAGCUUAGCAACAUAAAAAUUAAUUUAAAACCACUCAAACGGUUUGUUGGGUUAGUAUAGCUUCAUUGAAAAUACUGUACAAUAUUUGUAUUGUCUGAUUCCAAUUCACCAUUCAACAUGUAGCUAUGCCGACGCAACCAACCGUUCACGCGUUUUUGUAGUAUUUUUAUUGUAGCUUUACUAACCCAAUCAACCAAUUACAUGGUUUUACAGAAUUUUUGAUGUUGCUAUAUUAACCAAACAACAUUUUAAUUACUUAAUUAUGUAGGGCUGUAGGAGGCGGGUACAAUUUCGAAGCCGUGAGCAGAAAACGUAGCCUUCCGCCAUUCCAUGCUCGUUUGCCUUAUAGUGCAAAUUUUAAAAUUAUAAAAACCAUACUAGUAAUGUAUCAUUAAACAAUUACCUAAUGAUAAUAACAAGCAACAAAAAUUAAUGAAAUCUUUAGCCUUAUAAUAUCAAAAAUUCUUUAUUUAACAAAAUUACAUUAUGAAAAAGUAGUUUUGUGGACUUUUCCGCCAAAACAAAAAAACAUACACAUAAUGAACAUGGCGGAUUGCAUGAUCUUACAGGCUUUAUAACGUCAUUAGAAAUUUGAUUUCUCAAUAACUAUUGAAUGUAAAUACCAUUUGCAAUGUAGGUAAACGGACGUCUCUAAAGUCAAAAAAAAGUAUAGGCGUAUUUUUAAAACUUUUUUAACACCCACACAGUCCCGCACGUCUAACAAACAUAAUGGCAUAUUGCAUUAUCACAUACGCUAUUUAACGUAAUUUGAAAAUUCAAUUUCUCAAAAACUAUUGGAGGUAUAUCAACACCAUUUGCAAGGUAGGUAAAGAGACGUCUCUAAAGCCCAAAAAAGGUAUAGGCGUAUUUAAAAAAAAAAAAUUUUGGAGAAGCCCCCGUGCUGCAUAUUUAUCCUGUUUUAGUAUAGGCCCCCUAAUUACUUUUUGUUUAGGUUUGAAACCCAUAUUCUUUUGAGGUUAUGUAUAUCGUACCUGGGAUUCGAUGCGAUUAUAUUUUUGUAAAUAAUUUUUAUUGUGUGCUGUUUGCAUAUUCAAGCAAAAUGUAGUCUUUACUAUUUGAUAUAAUUACCAAAGUGUUAUCCACAUUUAUCAUACCUUGUACCCUUUAAUGUAUAAUCUUACACAGUUUCCAGAGCUAGCAAGUGUACAAACCAAACCUGCCUAACUUGUGUUUUUGUUUUAAUCACUAGUGUUGAAGAUACCAUUGGAAUCAAAUGAAUUUGUAGACAAGAUUUAACGACAAUGUAUGGUGCAGGCAAAAGAAAGCGGAAAUCAAUAGCAUGCAUUUCAAAAAGACAUUUCAACCGAUUAAUUUACAAUGCUACAGAGAAUGAAACAGAACAUGCAGUGUAUGUACAUCAUAAUGACAUCAGUACAUUACCUCAAGAAAAUGAUAGUGGUAAUUGUAUUUCUCACAAAAUAUUGAACUCCCGCAUUGCUCAUAGUUCAGAUUUUCUCCAAACAACAAGUAGGGCUACAUACAAUAAUGAUGCAGACAGUUCAGUGAUACAUGGCACGGAACAAGAACAAACAUCACAAUCACGAAUUACAAACAAUGAUGAUAAAUUUUGUGAUGGCAGGAGUACAGACGUUGUAUUCAGCAGUGAUUCAGAUAAUAACGUUGAGGAAGUAGUAUGUCGACCAUGUAAUUUGGACAGUGUCCCUGUUGAUUUAAAUUUGAGAAAACAUGUUGCAUUAUGGGCACCUGAGUACAAUAUUCCUCAAAAUGCUGUCUCUUCUCUAUUAAAAAUAAUUAAACCACAUUUACCUAUACAUGAAAUACCUAAAGAUGCUCGUACCUUGUUGAACACGCCUCGAAGUAUCUUCAUUCAUGACAUGCCACCUGGGAAGUACUGUCACUUUGGGCUGGAAAAAGCUUGCAGGGAAAUAAUUUGUGAUUUGAAGAAGUACAACAUUGAUAAUACAUAUUUGCAGCUACUGGUAAACAUAGAUGGUUUACCAUUGUCUAAAUCAUCCUCUAGUUGCAUUUGGCCAAUAUUAUGCUCUUCACCUGCAUUGAACAAAGUAUGUGUUGUGGGUGUGUAUCAUGGUUAUGAAAAACCGAGAAGUGCCAAUGAUUUUCUACAAACAUUUGUUACUGAGGCUUCACAUUUAGUUCACUAUGGUAUUAUUGUAGAAAACGAAACAACAGCAGUAAAAAUUCAUGCAUUGAUCUGUGAUGCACCAGCUAAAGCAUUUGUAUUGUACAUUAAAGGUCAUAGUGGAUAUAACAGCUGUGUUAAGUGUACUGUUCAAGGGCAGUACAAAGAAAGAAGAGUUUGUUUUCCUGGGAUAAAUUUUAACAAAAGGUGCGAUGAAGAUUUCGUCAGCAACACUGAUGAAGAUUUUCAUAUGGGUGCAACAAUAUUGACACAGAUUCCACAUUUUGGUCCUGUUUCCAGUGUUCCUUUUGAUUACAUGCACCUAGUAUGUUUAGGUGUAAUGAAAAAAAUGUUAAUAUUGUGGAUGAAAGGUUCUUUGUCAGUACGUUUAUCUUCAAAAAUGGUUUCUGAAGUUUCAAAAGCACUUUUAGAAAUAAAGGGCUGCAUUCCCAAUGAUUUCAGCAGGUCACCAAGAUCACUAGCAGAAAUUAAUAACUGGAAGGCCACAGAGUUCCGCCAGUUUCUUUUAUAUACUGGUCCUGUUGUUAUGAAAGAAUACCUAACCAAGGAUGUAUAUACACAUUUUCUUACCCUGCAUGUUGCAGUAUCACUUCUCGUAAGUCCUCGAGUUUCAGAAUGUAGUGUACAGUAUGCUAGCAAGUUACUGAAACAUUUUGUGCAGUCUUUUGGGAUCUUGUAUGGAAAUGAAAACAUAUCCCAUAAUGUUCAUGGACUUCUGCAUCUGAGUGAGGAUGUUCUGAAGUAUGGCCCACUAGAUUUGUUUAGUGCUUUUCGGUUUGAAAGUUAUAUGCAAACAUUAAAAAAAUUGAUCCGUAAAAAUGAGAAACCAUUAGAGCAAUUAUCUCGAAGAUACAUAGAACAGAACAUAAGUCUAUCAUCUUCACCAGUAGAGAAGAUAUGUGAAUUUUAUCAUCCACACACAGAUGGUCCUGUACCACCUGAUUUGCAGCCAAAGGAGCAAUACAGAUGUUACAAGAAUAAUUUAUUUAGUAUUGAUAUUAUUAGUAGUGAAAAAAAUAAUUGCUGUUUCCUGUAUAAUGGAACAACAGUGUCAGUACAAAACAUUAUAUAUUGUCAAAGAGAUGGGUAUUUCAUUGUGGGCUACGAAAAUUUGUCUCAGAGAAGCCUUUAUGUUAAGCCAUGUGAUUCAAAUUUGUUAGGUAUUAACAUUGUCAACAAAAUGCAUGUGCUCAAAUCAUGGCCAGUAGACAUGAUUUGUUGCAAAAUGUGGAAUAUAUACUAAAAAGGUAAACAUAUUGUAUUACCUUUAAUACAUUCUCGGAAAAACUAGUCUUCUGCUCAUUUUGCAUGGUAUCAAACAUGAACUUUAAAUAUUUCAAAUCUGUGUAAUGAGUUGUAGAUAAUUUGAUAUUGUGAAAAAUUCAUACGAAUCAUUGAUAAGACAAAGAAUAUUCUUGUGGCUAUUUGCCAUUAAGUGUUUACUGUUUGGAGGCAUUGCCUGUUAUACAAAUUUCUACAUGCGGUCCCCAGUAAGGGCCUGUAACAAACUAUUUAGGUAGUUAUAGCUCAACAGGUACGCAAAGUGAGAACCCUACAUAGAAUUGCAGACUUAAUGUACAAGAGGUGUAAAAUGUCUUCAGCAGAAUGCAACUGGGGACCCACACAUGUUUCACAUAUAGCCUGUGUACGCAGAGACAGGACAUUCUCAGGGAUGAAGUGGACCUUCUGACCUUAAAUUCCUCUGCAGUCUACUGGAUUGAGAACCUGGAUAUAUUACUGUGACACAUAUUUGUGUGUGCUGUAUAUUAUCUAAACAUAUAUAUAUAUACUUUUUUUAAUGCAGUAUUGUAUUGUGACUGUCAGUCAUAAGUAUCUGAAUUGCCAUAUAAUAUAUAAAUGAUGUGUGUGCGUAAAAGUGUGGUGUAUUGAAUCAGUUUCUCAAAAAUAGGAGAUGAAUAAAUUUCACGUAGUGCAAUUUGAAGAUGGGCUGCAAGUAGUGCCUGGAAUUUGGCUGCAAGAAGGAGAAUUAUGCUAUUGGCCAGAUACUGAAUCUCAGACAAAACUGAUGAAGGCCAUUUGCAAUGCAGAACCACCAUCACCUGAAUGGUUAUCUCUAAACAUUCUGAGAAUAUUUGGAGAAUCAGAUACCUACGAGAAUGCAGUUCACAAAUUAAAAUUGUGUGAACGGUUUUCUGAUGUUGAAAGUGGACCAGACAGCUUGAAUAAAAGGAAAAAAAGGCAAAUGAGAGCAAAAAGAGUUCCAGAGACAGAAGACUCUGAAACAGAAUUGGAGGAAGAAACUAGUCAGUCACUGCUGCCACCGUUGCCCAAAUGCCCGAACUCAUUCAGACCACAAUGUGCAUCAACACAAAAAGAGUGGAUGAGCACUAAGUUUAGAAGUAAUGAGCCUACUAUGAAACAAACUUCUGGGGUAAAUAAUUCUGUUGGUAGCGCUUCGCCCAUGGAGGUCACUGUACAGCGUAAAGAAGCUGGAGUGUCAACAGAAUUUGAGAAGUUGGUACUCAAAAAGCUGAACAUAAUAACAUAUAAACUUGAGUCAUUGGAAGAAAAACUUAGAAAUCUGGAAAGCGCUAAACUGACUACAGUUUGUGAACAACCAUCAGAGCGGAUUCCAAGCAAUAUGUUUCCGCUAGCAUCAUUGACAGCUGUAGAAGAACUUGAGUUGCUGCUGGAAAACCCUUCUUAUUUUGAUUCAGUGGUAUUCUACUUGAAAACUCUAGGUGGAGUAAAUAUCACAGAUGUAACAUUUUCAGUAAUGAAAAAGAUUUUAUCUAAUGAAGUCGCUAUGGAAUACAGCUAUUUCGGUUUCAAAGGGAAGAAAACAUUUAAAAACCUAAAAUUAUCUGAAGUGGUUAUAAGUGUUGUACGCUGUCAUGUUCGUGAUGCUACUGAGAAAGCAGUAGGCGACAGAGUCGCUGCAUGGCUGAAGCAUGCAAGGACAAGAUUGUCAAGGAGCAUUCAGAAAUCACGUUUACAUGAUACGUCUGCAGCCUGCAGCAAGUGAUAGCAAGCUUGCUUGAAAAUGUAAAUACGUAUGAAAAAGGGAUGAAUGUAAAUAUGUGACAGUAUAAAAAAACAAUAAAUUGGAACCUUACAACUUAA